ACUGAAAAAAUUAGUCAAUUAUCAACAGAUAAUCGGAACAUAAUUGAAAUAAUUCCACACCUGAUUUGUUCAUCACUCCAUCAAAAAAAUUGAAGGAAUGUUGCCAAAAGAAACAAAAAAAUGAAGAGCUGCUGAAAAGAAAUAUACUUUAUUUUAAAAUUGCAUUUUUAAGGAUUACAUUCAUCAGAACGAAAUAAGAAAGAUGUCGCACCAGGAAAUUGAGGAAAAUUCGAUCAAGCGGCCAAACGACACCAGUCCGGUGAAGACCAAGAGGAUUAAGCUUGCGAGUAAUAAAGAGCCGGUACUUGAACCCGCCUUCUCUGGAGACGAAAUAAUAAUGGCCGUGCAGAGGUCAACUGAGGAGGAACUCAUAGAGGACUUCAGCAGGCCCUAUACCCUGCCGAUUACGAAAGGAAGGCAUCAGGACCUAAAGUCCAUAACUGCCUCAACUGUGGCUGACCUAAUUACAGGAAGAAUUAUAAAUGUGGAAUUCAAAAUAAUUGAUUGCCGGUAUCCCUAUGAGUUUAAUGGCGGCCAUAUAAGUGGUGCCGUGAAUCUUUAUAUGAGACAGCAAAUCUCUGAAUUUCUCAAUAAAUCAUACAAGAAAAGAAAAAAUUAAAUUUUUGAUUUUCCACUGUGAAUUUUCAAGUGAACGUGGACCUAACCUGUAAGUACUCAAACGUCCCUCCCAUUAAUUUUCUAUAGCAACCUGAAGCUAAGAAAAUACUUAUCUCAUUUUUUCCAGUUGCAGAUAGAUAGAUAGAAAAAAAACGGGACUGCAUACCCUGCAUUAGAUUACCCAGAGCUUUAUCUCUUGGAUGGUGGAUAUAAUACAUUCUUCAGGGAGUACGCGGGGAUGUGCAGUCCUCAAAAUUAUAUAGAAAUGUUGCAGCCGGAAUACGCUGAGGAGCUGCAACAUUAUAAAAUGCAAUCGAAGACGUGGAAUAGAGACAAACACAAAAUAAAUAAAAAUCGGUAAAAAAGUGUAAAUAGAAUUUUGUUUGAAGCUCAUGGUUUUUAUUUGGAAAUCUUCAUUUUUACCUCUUAAUUUAAGCUCAGUAAUAAAUAAUGCAGCAGCAGCAUAUGUGUUCCAGCCAAAGGUUAAAGUAUAUUAUCGAUUUUGAAUUCGAAGUUGUGAUACCUCUAUAUACAGGUUGAGUCAAAAAUGUGUACCGAGCUUUCUGGGGGUGAUAUUACAUUGAAAAAUAAGUAUAUGAUCUUUUCUGAUAGGGCACAUUAAUACAAAUACUUCACAUCACCAAUGCGAUUCGAUAUCUACUAUUCUGACCAUUAUGAUUCCUUGUGAUUUGGAACAGUCUAUCUCAUCAUGAUUAUUCAAUUUUUUGUGAAUAAGUGUAUUUUUUGUAAGUUAUUUCAUAUUCCCUUAACACAUUGCAGUUAUAUGAAAGGUAUAAAUAAUCGUUGGUGAAUAUUAUCGUCAUAAUCCGUGGCUGGAAACCCGUGGAUAACUUCACGGAAGUCAGGUAACUACGCAGAAUUACUGUAUGUAUUAAAUCAUGGAUAACUUGACACAUAUCACAAACUUCGAAAACACUUGGCAUCAAAGAUUUAAAAAAGGAUACGGUAAUUAUGGAGAACAUGCCACCAACGGAUAUUUUAGAUGAAAAAUUCAGUACUUACUAAUUUUGGGGCGUAGAUUGCGAAUCCGAAGUCGAAAUCCCGUGCAAAUGUCUAGUUUUUGAG